AUGGCAGAACAAAAAGUUGCAAUUCUUUCGGUUUAUAACAAGUUUUGUUUGGUUGAACUUGCGAAAGAACUCAAUGACCUAAAUGUAAAGCUUAUUGGUUCUGGGGGAACUGCCAAAAAAAUUCGAGAAGCAGGAAUUCCUAUCUCGGAUGUAUCCGAAAUAACCAAUGCUCCAGAAAUUUUAGGAGGACGUGUAAAGACUUUACAUCCAGCGGUUCACGGUGGUAUUCUCGCUCGCAACAUUCCAAGUGAUGAAGCUGACCUGAUUGCACAGAAAAUACAAAAAAUUGAUUACGUUAUCUGUAAUCUUUAUCCUUUCAAAGAAACAAUUGCAAAAGAAGGGAUUACAAUUGCUGAAGCUGUAGAGGAAAUUGAUAUUG